ACCAAGCUCCCCCUAUGCUGUCUCUUUCGGUGUUCGGUAACUUCCCACCGCGAAAACCGAUGACGUCAUCCCCGCCCUAUUCUGACGCGCGCACGGAAGCUGUCACGUUCUUGGGUCUGCUGCGCCAAAACGAGGACCGGCUGGUGGAACGUACCAAGAUGUUGGUCAGGGGCAACCGGGCUUUCAUACAGGAGGUGUUCACCGCCGUAAUCGACGAAUGGACGCCGCUUCACGCCUGCACCCUCCGCGGCGCCCGCAAACUGGUCAAAGUGGCGCUCAAAGCCGGCGUGGACCCCAACAUAGAAAUGGGGAAUCCACAAGGCCUGCCGGGCCGCUGCACGCCGCUGCACCUUGCCGCCUACCGAGGCGACGUGAGCAUCCUUCAGCUGCUGGUGCAGAAUGGUGCCCGGGUGGACGCUCGUGACAAUACCAACCACACGCCUUUGCACUACGCCGCCACGCGUAGCAAUAGCUUGGCGGCGCGGAAACUUCUCAAGUACGGCGCUGAUACUUCCGAAUUAUCCCCAGAGCACCUCGAGUUCUACAAAGACGAUGUUCCGAAGGGGAACAAGGUCUCCGCGCUGUUGUGUAUUCCUUCGCGGAGCAAUUCUCAGAAGCGGAACGGGAGCUCCAGAUAUAAACUCGGGGCGUCUUAGUAACCCCCCCACCC